AAGUAGUAACUAGGUGCGGACCUUGGCCGUUAAACCAUGCGUAUGUUAAAUGUGCGUGUCAGAAAUAGAAUAUAACUAAUUCUGUAAUGAAAUCACAAUCAGAUAUUGGAUUCAAAACUCUUUCCCUCCUCCCAUUAUAAAACACAUGAUCAUAUCCUUAUUUCUUCAAUCACCAAUUCUCGGGUUUAGGGAGUGUUGCAAUGUCUCUUCUCCUCCCCACAGCACUAAUCCUCUUUCUAGUAUCCCUAUCCAACGCUCUACGCCCUCCAUUUUCAUGCGAUGAAUCAGACGCAAGGACGAAGUCAUUCCCUUUCUGCAACACUAGUUGGCCCAUCUCCACCAGAGUGAGGGACCUCGCCUCCCGCCUGACGCUGGACGAGAAAAUCAAGCUGACGGGGAGCUCGUCUGCGGCCAUCCCCCGCCUCAACAUCCCCGCCUACGAGUGGUGGUCGGAGUCUAUUCACGGCGUGUCUCCGCACGGCAUGGGUUUUGAUUUGGUGGGCAGCAUUAGAUCCACCACGCAGUUCCCUCAGGUCAUCCUCACUGCGGCCACCUUCGAUCCCCAUCUCUGGUAUCGCAUCGCCCAGGCCACGGGAGAUGAAGCUCGAGCAAUAUUCAAUAGAGGAGAGGCCAAAGGGAUGACGUUUAUGGCGCCGACUAUUAACCUAUUUAGGGAUCCGAGAUGGGGGAGAGGACAGGAGACACCUGGAGAGGAUCCAUUGGUCGCCGCAAAAUACGGGGUGGCGUACGUUAGAGGGAUUCAAGGGGAUAGUUUUGAGGGAGGAAGGCUUGAGAAGGAAGGAAUCCUCAAAGCCUCUGCUUGCUGCAAACACUUUACUGCUUAUGAUCUCGAAAGCUGGAACCACACUACUCGUUACCGAUUCGACGCCAAAGUAAGCAAGCAAGAUAUGGCGGAGAUGUACCAGCCACCAUUGGAGGCCUGUGUGAAGCAAGGAAAGGCGAGUAGCAUCAUGUGUUCCUACAAUCGCGUCAAUGGUGUCCAAACUUGUGCUGAUCGGAACCUAUUGUAUGAAAUCCCUCGCAGACACUGGGGUUUUCAUGGAUACGUAAUCUCGGACUGCGACUCUGUUCAUUCAAUGUUUGACGGUGAACGCUACAAAGAGCCAGAGGACGCAGUUGCAGCCGCUCUAAAAGCUGGUAUCGAUGUGAACUGCGGCAUUUUUUUUCUAAAUUACCUUAAAUCAGCAAUUGCAAAGAAGAAGGUAUCAGAAAUGGACGUAGACAGAGCUGUCCACAACGUCUUAUCCAUGAGAAUGAGGCUGGGUCUCUUCAAUGGCGACACAUCGAAACUUGAAUACGGAGACAUUAAUGGAAGCCGCGUGUGCAGCAAAGAUCACCAAGAUCUUGCCCUUGAAGCAGCACGAUCUGGCAUCGUACUCCUCAAAAACGAACUCGGCCUCCUCCCACUCUCCAAAGAGGACACCAAAUUGCUGGCUGUGAUCGGCCCCAACGCUAAUAACCCUCUCAAUUAUCUCGGAAACUACGAAGGCCCCCCCUGCAGGAAAAUCUCGCUUCUGCAAGCACUGCAGACCUGCGGCGGCGGCAUCACCUUAAAGCAUCAUCAGGGCUGUAACGCCGUCAACUGCUCCACUGCUUUCAUCGACGAAGCAGUUGAGAUUGCUCAGCAGGCAGACUAUGUUGUGCUAGUCAUGGGAUUAGAUCUAAUACAGGAAGGAGAAUUCAUCGACAGAGUCGAACUAGGGCUGCCGGGAUAUCAGGAAAAACUCGUUACAGCCGUUGCCGACGCCGCCAGAAGACCCGUCGUUUUAGUCCUGGUGUGUGGAGGACCUGUCGAUGUUUCUUUCGCCAAAGAGAAUCCCAAAAUUGCCAGCAUUUUGUGGGCCGGCUAUCCCGGCCAAGCCGGUGACCUUGCAAUUGCACAAACCCUUUUUGGCCACAACAAUCCAGGGGGGAGACUGCCGGUGACUUGGUAUCCAAAGGAGUUGAGCAAAGUAGCAAUGACAGAUAUGCGGAUGCGACCUGAUCCGUCGACCGGCUAUCCAGGCCGAACCUACCGGUUUUACACCGGUCCGACCGUUUACGAGUUCGGCUACGGCCUCAGCUACACCAACUACUACUACGAGUUCAUCGCAGUUACCCUCGACAACCUCUAUCUACAAGCUCAAUCCCCCCAGAACGCACUACUCAACUCUUCUCGUUGGGUAUCAGUUUCACAACUCGGAAAGGGAUAUUGCAAGAAGAUAAAAUUUUCUGCAUAUGUGAGAGUUACGAAUCACGGGGAUAUGGCCGGGAAGCACCCGGUGUUGCUCUUCGUUAAAAGCGGGGGGCCGAGUAUGUAUCCGAGGAAGAGAUUGAUUGGGUUUGAGAGCUUGACACUACGUGCAGGCCAAAGUGAAGACAUAGAAUUUGUGGUGAAUCCGUGCGAGCAUUUUAGUUAUGCUGAUGAACAAGGGAAGAAGGUGAUCGAACAAGGUACGCUGCACUUAGUCGUGGGAGAUGAUCGAGGAGCUUACCCUAUACGUAUAGUAAACUGAUCUCCAAAUUAUUUGAUUCAAUAAAUUGACUAGAUGUUUCCACUGUUUCUGGUUUGUUUCUGAGCGUAUAAUGUGACUGCUAUUGCCCUUCACUGCCAUGCAUGGGAACUGUUAUUUUAA